UUUUUUUUUUUUUAUAGUUUGCAGAGCAAUGCUGAUUUGUUGUUUGGAGGAAUUACAAUUGUGGGGGUAGUAGCCAUGUGAAUUUAUCCUAGAUCGCAUGAAAUCCACUAUCCCUAAUGCUUUUAAGGAAACAGGUAAGCUGCCUUGGGAAGUAUAGUGUGAGGGUGUAGAGCCAGAGUAAUAGCCGAUCAUCACUCGAUUCGCAAGUUUAGAUGAACUUAAACGGGAAUUGCCAAGACAAGCUGACACGAUUGAUAGGUUCAUGAAAAUUCAGAUACUCUGCCACAACUGCAAGAAUGUCCUGCUAGAUGGGGAUGGUUGUAAGCCCUUUGGUUCUUCCACACCUCCAUCGAUCCCAGCUAAAGACAAGGGGGUGCUACCUAUACCGACACCAGUUAAGCGCGUUGAAGCGAUCGUAAGCCUGCUUAUGCAGAUUCGGAUUCAGAAGAAACAGUUGACAGUGACCCACAUGAAAGUCAGUUGGCUGGUGAUGGGAUUGGGGAUGACGUUAUCCAAUAAGAUAGGAAGGCGUGCGAGAGUUUAUCCGUUUUCCCUUUUUCUGUUUCAUGUUUUUUUCCCUUGGAAGACAUCUUUUUUCACUUCUUUUUGGCCGGCAAGUUUUGCCAAGAAAACAACUUAUGGCCCAUGGUUUAAUAAACUUUAA